CGGCAUUGAGGGGAAAAGCAACGCAGCCACCGACCGGAACACAACAGUAAACAACGGACAAGGACAGUUUUGAGAUACAGACACACUUCCACUGGGACCAGCAAUACAGAACAGUUUCAUCUCAGCACUGCGACACACACACACUCAACCAAGGUUAGAAGGUCUCAUAGGAGAUUCAUCUGGGGGGAUGGCGGUGAAUGUGUACUCUACGUCCAUGACCAUUGAGAAUCUAAGCAGACAUGAUAUGCUCGCCUGGGUCAACGACUCUCUGCAGCUCACCUAUACCAAGAUAGAGCAACUCUGCUCAGGUGCAGCGUACUGUCAGUUUAUGGACAUGCUGUUUCCGGGGUGUAUUCUGCUGAAGAAGGUGAAGUUCCAGGCUCGACUGGAGCAUGAAUACAUCCACAACUUCAAAGUCCUGCAGGCAGCAUUUAAGAGAAUGAACGUAGACAAGAUCAUUCCUGUGGAGAAGCUGGUAAAAGGGAAAUUUCAGGAUAAUUUUGAGUUUGUGCAGUGGUUUAAAAAGUUCUUUGACGCCAAUUAUGAUGGAAAAGACUACGACCCCCUUCUCACCCGGCAAGGACAGGAUAUCACCCCACCCCCAAAUCCAGGGCCCCUGCGAACGUCGCCAACGGUACCCAAAAACAUGCCCACUCCCCAGCGGGCGCUAAACUCCACCCCGUCAGCGGUCGUCAGACGAACUACGGGGUUGUCACGGAACGGAGGCAGUGAUGCAGAGAUCAUGGAACUCAACCAGCAGUUAAUGGACCUGAAGUUGACAGUCGAUGGCUUGGAGAAGGAGAGAGAUUUUUACUUCGGUAAACUCCGAGACAUCGAACUCAUCUGCCAAGAACAUGAGAGUGAGAACAACCCCGUUCUUGGCAGGAUCAUCAACAUUCUCUACGCCACAGAGGAGGGUUUUGCUCCCCCAGAAGAUGACGACACUGAUGACCAUAGACCGGACCAGGAGGAAUUCUGAACACUGCAACUGUUUGUUCUGUCUCAUCCUUCUCUCUCUCUCUCUCUCUCUCUCUGUCUCCUCUCAUUUUAGCUGUCACCUGUCUCACCUCACUCAUGUCU